UUUCAGUGGCAUUCAGAUGCUCAUAGAAAAUGGCAUGAAAACCAUCAUGACGAAUGGAGUUCCGAGGCACAUAAACAGUGGAGUUCGGAGCAAUCCAGAAUACAUGAUGAUGACGAAUCCGGUGGAGAGGAUAGUAACGAAUACGGCGGCGGCGGUAGCGGUGGUGGCGGCGGUGGCAGCAAUGGCGGCGGCGGUGGCAGCAAUGGCGGCGGCGGUGGCAGCAAUGGCGGCGGCGGUGGCAGCAAUGGCGGCGGCGGUGGCAGCAACGGUGGCGGCGGUGGCAGCAACGGCGGCGGCGGUGGCAGCAACGGCGGCGGCGGUGGCAGCAACGGCGGCGGCGGUGGCAGCAACGGCGGCGGCGGUGGCAGCAACGGCGGCGGCGGUGGCAGCAACGGCGGCAGCGGUGGCAGCAACGGCGGCAGCGGUGGCAGCAACGGCGGCGGUGGCAGCAACGGCGGCGGCGGUGGCAGCAACGGCGGUGGCGGUGGCAGCAAUGGUGGCGGCGGUGGCAGCAACGGUGGCAGCGGCGGCAACGGUGGUGGCGGCAAUGGCGGCGGCGGCGGAAACACCCGGGCGGUGGCGGCGGCGGAGGUGGCAGCGGUGGUGGCAGCGGUGGUGGCAGCGGUGGUGGCAGCGGUGGUGGCAGCGGUGGUGGAAGCGGUGGUGGCAGCGGUGGUGGCAGCGGUGGUGGAAGCGGUGGCUCCAACCAUUGGGGAGGUUCCCAGGGAGGUGGACAGGUAUGAUCAAAUAUUUCAAUGA